CCAUAUGAUAACCUUGUAUGAUUUUGCUUUGGUAAACCAGGGGUUAAGUAUAGCAGUUGAAGGCUGCAAGCUUUGACAGGGUUGUACUAUUUUUCUAAUGCAUAAGGAGAAGGGAGGCUAGGAAUCAGGAGACAGAAGGAAAAUCCAGUGAAAGGAGCCUUUGAAACCAAGCCUGAAAGGAUGGUGUUGGUGUAGGGCAUGGAGAAGGAUAACAGGUUAGGUGCUUAGAAAAAUCUCUGUCUUAGGUACUCAGACUAAAAGAUGGUAUUUCACUUGCCUCCCCUCCUUUAGUUCUUGAAUCCUGACUGUGAGUGGGUAAGGAAGGCGGCUGUCUGCUGCUGAGAAUGGGAUGCCAGGGAGUCUCUCUUGGGGAAGGAAAAAAUCUUUGGUUGGGCUUAGCAACAAGAAGAGGGAAAAAACAAGACACCCAAGAAGAGAACUGAAUAGCCUCCCGUGGCUGUCAGGGGACCAAGCCUCCACUUAGACCAAGCCAGAGGCUGGACAGCUGGCAAUGCAGCAUUGUGUUGAGAUGCUGGGAAUCUCAGGGGAGAUUUCUAGCUGAGCCCUUGAACCCACAUGGGGGAUGCUUCAGGUGCAUAGGACCAAGGCUUUUCGGGAUAUGUCCUGCACACAGAAUGAAGUCCAGUGCCUCUUUGAUGUGGACCCAGCUGCAGCUGGGUGAGCUCUGUGUGGCAGGCAGCUUCUUUUGCUGAGAAGGAAGACCAGGGGAGAGGGAGACCACACUGCGGAGGAGCCUGCGCCAGCCGGGCUGCGUGAACAACACAAAGGAGGAAGGGUGGGCAGGCUUUUUUGAUCUCAUUUCCACGCUUUCAUGAGCCACUUCAGAGCCCAUGUGCAUACCCUCCCAGCAGAUAUUAGAACCCCUGUGAACCUCAUCCCACCACCAGACAUUCAGGAACAUUUAGAUUAAAGGCCUAAAUAUGACCGUUGCUACUGGAGACCCCACAGAUGAAGCAGCAGCUUUGCCUGGUCACCCUCAGGACACCUACAACCCAGAAACUGACCAUGAAUGUUGUGAGAGGGUGGUCAUUAACAUCUCGGGACUGCGAUUUGAAACACAGCUGAAGACACUUGCUCAGUUUCCAGAUACCUUGUUAGGAGACCCUAAAAAGAGAAUGAGAUAUUUCGAUCCUCUCCGGAAUGAGUAUUUCUUUGAUCGUAACAGACCCAGUUUUGAUGCUAUUUUGUACUACUACCAAUCGGGUGGCAGGUUGAGGAGGCCUGUCAAUGUGCCCUUGGACAUCUUCUCAGAAGAGAUUAGAUUUUAUGAACUUGGAGAAGAAGCUAUGGAGAUGUUCCGGGAGGAUGAAGGUUACAUCAAGGAAGAAGAACGGCCUUUACCAGAGAAUGAGUUUCAGAGACAAGUGUGGCUUCUCUUUGAGUACCCAGAAAGCUCUGGACCUGCCAGGAUUAUAGCAAUUGUCUCUGUCAUGGUCAUUUUAAUCUCUAUUGUAAGCUUUUGCCUGGAAACUUUGCCUGUGUUCCGGGAUGAGAAUGAAGACAUGCAUAGCAGCAGUAGCAGCUCAAGCCUUUACCCCAACAGCACGAUGGGGUCUCAUCAGCCAACCACAUUCACAGACCCCUUCUUUAUAGUUGAGACUCUUUGCAUCAUUUGGUUUUCCUUUGAAUUCCUGGUGAGAUUCUUUGCCUGCCCAAGCAAAGCUGGGUUUUUUACCAACAUUAUGAACAUUAUUGACAUUGUGGCCAUCAUUCCCUAUUUCAUUACCCUUGGAACAGAACUGGCUGAUAAACCAGAAGAUGGCCAACAAGGCCAGCAAGCAAUGUCUCUCGCCAUCCUUCGAGUGAUCCGUCUGGUGAGGGUGUUCAGGAUCUUCAAACUCUCCAGACACUCCAAGGGAUUGCAGAUUCUGGGGCAAACCCUUAAGGCCAGCAUGAGGGAGCUAGGCCUUUUGAUAUUCUUCCUUUUCAUUGGUGUCAUCCUGUUCUCCAGUGCUGUCUACUUUGCAGAGGCUGAUGAGAGUGAAUCUCAGUUCCCCAGCAUCCCUGAUGCUUUUUGGUGGGCCGUGGUUUCCAUGACAACAGUUGGCUAUGGAGACAUGGUCCCCACAACCAUAGGUGGAAAAAUAGUUGGCUCUUUGUGUGCCAUUGCAGGUGUAUUAACAAUUGCCUUACCAGUGCCGGUUAUAGUGUCCAAUUUCAACUACUUCUAUCACCGCGAGACAGAGGGAGAGGAGCAAGCACAGUACUUGCAAGUUACCAGCUGCCCAAAGAUCCCUUCUUCCCCUGACCUAAAGAAAAGCAGAAGUGCCUCCACUAUUAGUAAGUCUGAUUAUAUGGAGAUACAAGAAGGAGUGAAUAAUAGCAAUGAGGACUUUAGAGAGGAGAACUUGAAAACAGCCAAUUGCACCCUAGCUAACACAAACUAUGUGAAUAUAACCAAAAUGCUAACUGAUGUCUAGGUGAUGAGGGGGUAAAAGCAAGACAAACCUAAUAACAUAUAUUUUAAAAAGUGGAACAAUUGCAAACGUUGCAUAAUACCUUGCAUUGUAGCUAAUACAAUAUGUUCUACAAUAUGUACUGGUUAUGCAUGGAAAGCAAUAGUUGUGUAAGUGACUCUUUUUAACAUUUGAUGCUCAAAAAGCUUUCAUGCAACUUUUUCUUUUCCAACACAGAUUUUUGAGUAUAUGGAGCAUUUAAGACAAAAUCAUGUCACAUUAUCAAAUGAAAGGCAUUGGAGAAAAACAAGAGAAAACAUCUCCCCAUGCAAACCACAAUAAUGAACAAAUGCAAACAAGAUAUGUAUCAUGUAAUACAGAACUCAAUCCAUGCAAAAAUAUAUCCCCAGGAAAUAGUAUGCAACUAUACUUCUAGCUUUCAAGCUUCAGGAAUUAUACAAAAGGUCAUGCAUAGUUUAAUUAAUGGAACAUCCGUCCAAAUUACUUUAAGGUUCAGAUUUCCAGAUCAGAAAUGCCAAAGGGAGAAUAUGCUGUGCAGGGUCAUGCUUCUGAACCAAAAAUGCUGCAUUGGAUUCAUCCACUGCAGCAUGUCAGUGUAAGGCUCGCGGGAGGCACUGUUUAGUAGGACAUUUUUUGUUGCUUUGGUAGAGAUACAUCAAGAGCCUGGAGACAUUUUUUUAUAAUAACACAUGCAUUUUUUGCUGGUUUGGGGGUCACUGACAUAUUCCGAACUGAAAAGCAUCUUGUUUCAAAUGCUGGAGCAACUAAGCUGUGGCCUAGAAUAUAUUUAUACUGCAAUGAAAUUUAACCAGUAUUACAGUACAGCUGCAUGGAUAUUUGUUGCAUGGAACUUAAUAUUUAAUACAAAUAUAUAUCUAUCUAUUUUCUUAAGUAGACCAUAGAGUGUACCUAUUUGUAGUAUUUCUAGAUUCUCCAGUGGCUUGAAGGAGAGUAAUGAACAUAUACGAGGGAGGGAAAAGCAAUAGGCUUGGGAAUGAUGUAUGCUGAACACAAAUUUGAUAAGCAAGGCAAGUGUUUGCUUGCAUGAAUGUACACAUCGAAGAGGAUGAAAUGAAAAGUGCCCACUUGUCUUCUGCAUGUUGGGAAUAACUGGUAAUUAAUUAAUAAUUGGUAUCAUUAUCUGAGAUUUACAGCUGACCAGUGAAAGUGAAAUAUUUGGGCAUGUUUAUGAUUAAAGGAUCUUCGAAUGAUAAUGUCAAGCAAAUGUUAUGCAAACAUUUGGUAUACAAAUAUAUAAGCUCAGAGACCACAGAGGUUGCUCAUGCUACUUAAAAAUGUAGACUAGUUGAAAUUUGCAACUAAGAUGAGAAGUGUUGAAGAGUUUAUCUGAACCUGUAGUGACCUGGAUCUUAUCUGGCUUCAAAUAUUUAAUGUCGCUUCUGGAAGUGCAUGGGUUUAUGCAAUAAUGCCAGCCCAAAGUAAUUUAUUCAGGUGUGGCCAAAUUUGUCCUUUGAAAAUAGGUCUUAAUAGAGCUCAAUCAGCUGUCAACAACAGCUGAAGAGUUGAUUUUAUGUGAAUGUGUGCAAUGCAUGGCUUAGGAGUUUAGGUUUCUGUUGGUAGCUUUGUAAUAUGGUGAACCCAAUGUUCUUAGACUAAAGAGAGUUCAUAUUGCCUUCUAGAUGAGAGGUGGACACAUUCCAGAUUUUGGUGGACGGCAGUUCUGGUCAUUCCCUCACCACUAGAUAUGUUAGCUAGAGCACUAGGCAUAAUUGUCCAACAAAGUCCAGAGGUCCAUAUGUUCCCUGCAGUCAAUAGAGUAUUAUAUGGCAGCAGAAUUUGUUUUUGAGCAAGUGGACUAUAGCAAUAGACAGAUUUUGCAAAUUGUUGUCCUGGAUUGGCAGACUGUAGCUUCAAUUCUCUAGAUUCAGGAGAGGCCCAUUUUGCUACCAAUAUCACAGGAAAGUUGCAUUUGAAAUAAACAAGAAAAACUCUGUGACCAAAAUCCAAUUUUUCUCAUCAGUUGCACUUUCAGAGUGUUUUAAGAAAGCUAGAAGGGUUGCCUCAAGAAGGAGAGGCAAAGAAGUCUGUUGCUGCCAGCUUAUUUGCAUAUGGCUAAAUUUGUAUCCAACUCAUUGCCUAUUUAUUUUGUAAAUUAUAUAGUACAUAUAGACUCUAGAAUAGUAAGCAACUCUGCUGAUAAGGAAGUACAUCUUGGGGAGAUAGGGCGGAAUACAAAUAAAGUUUUAUUAUUAAGUUUUAUUAUAUUACAUCUCAAAUUCACCCUGAUAUAUAGUCAGCUGGAUCCUGCAAGCAUCCAUUUGGGCAGCUUGCUUACCAGUACUGAUUUUGCCUCAUUGUGGAAGAAUCUAGUUAAGAUCAACAAUUCACAAACAAAAGUGAGAAUGUGAACUGAGAUGUUUUCAUAGACUUGUCGAGUUGGAAGAGACCACAAUGGCCAUCCAGUCCAACCCACUGCUAUGUAGGAAUACACAGUCAAAGUGCCCCUAACAGAUGGCUUUACACUGAAUUGAGCACAUAGGAAAGAAUGGUUUCAGAGUUGGCUUGAUCAUAAAGCCAACUUAUUAGCAUCUAGCUCGGUCCUUUCCUUUCGCCACUUACGCUCACUUUCAGCAGCUCUGCAGGACAAGGUGGGAGUGGGGAAGGAUACAGAUUGAGUUGUAAGGCGGAUACAUGCUGAAGUGAUCACUAGCCUACUUGACCAUAUGGUGAACUCCAUCCAAAUCCACUCAAUUUAGCAAGCCAUCUUGGAUGUGUAUAUUGGUUCCAAAUGAAAUCAGUGUUUCCAUCAAGAGGUAAAUGAAUACCACAACAGUCUCAAUGUAAGAAGAUGCUAAGACAACUAUGUGCCAAACUAGUACUUUGCCCAGGUCUUUUGUCCAGUCUUUUGCUGGAGCAAGGAACAUAUAGAGUUGGUCCUCCCUGUUUUGCAGAUUUGAUAAUUCAUGGAUUUCAUUAAAAUGUUUUUCUCUUGGAAUCUCUUGUUUCUCCAGGGUGACUCUCUGAUCACUUUCUGCCAAAAGCUGGCCAUAGAAGUAUGCUGGAAGACCUAAGAAUUCUUAGAGAGAACAUCUCUCUAGAUAUCUCUAGGUCGGCAGGAUAAUUUUAUGGUCAUCUUCCAGUGAGGUUGAACAUAAAGUCACCUGGAUGAUCUAGAGAGGUAUUAUCUCAGGUUAAAAAAUAGUGGUUUUUUGAAUUUGUGUUUUUUCCACUUUCAUUGGCUUUUUAUGUCCUAAUCCUCAUGAAAGUGGAUUUACAAUCCUAAUGUUAAAUUAUUGUACUUAAACUCCUAAAUUUCUUAGAUUACUUCCUUACUGCCCACCCCAUGCCAAGGAAAGAACUUCUCUUUCCUCUUUAGCAAUUACUGCAGUGUGUGCUAUAAAGAUUAAAAAAAACAUCAAACUACACUGACAUAUAUAAAGAAAAAAACAAGCAAGCUCACUGUGAUGGCCUUUCUAACAGUAUAUGAUCUGAAGGGACUUUAGUACCCUUAAAACUUCAUUAAUAGUCCUGGAGCUUGCAUUGCAGGAUUUAGGUUCGCCAACCUCAUAGUGCCUUGUACCCUUCUUGUAGAAUGCUGACAAAGGAAUAGCUUGACAUUACAUCUCUAAUUACUUUCUCUUCAAGUAUGCUAUGAAUUUCAAAGGCUAAUUUUGGAAUAUCUUUCAUUGCAGUGAGCAGGGAUGGAAUAAUCCUUCAUAUUGCCUUAAGCCAUGGCUAAAAAUAUUCUGUCCUCUCCGCCCCUCCAUCAAUAUAAAGGAAGAAAUAUACUUGUUUAAAGGUUUAGGCAGGACAGGCUGCCUGUCCUGUAGAUUAGGGCAAAUCAGUCUAUGCAAAAAUGCACUGUAGGAGGGACGGGAGACAGGAUGUUUCUUCAGGGAUUUCCCCCGGAUUCAGUCUUGAUGUAAUAUGGAGCAAACUCCACAGGGCCCCCAGGGAGCAAGGGGACCAGAGUUAAACCUACUGGCUUUCCAUCGUGACUGGGGAUAGUUAUUGUCAGGCCCAGGUUCAUUACUGAAUUAUGAGCAUGAAACCAAACACUAUAGAGAGAGGUAUAAAGUGCUCAUUCUUACCAUGACAUUUGGCUGUAUCCUACCAACACCAUUUCAUUGAAUUUCACUUGCUUUUCUGCCACCAUUAUACUUUUUCAUUAUUCCAGACCACACUUGUUUUCAUGCCUCCCUUUAUCUUCCUCUUAAAAUGAGUUUGAACUUUUAAUCCUAUCCUUUUACAUAUUGAUACUUAUUACUUAUGUUGUACUUUGGUCAUAUCAUGAGGUAAUAUGACUCAUUAGGAAGGUUUAUGGUGCUUGGUAAAGUGGAAAGCAGUAGGAGAAAAGGGGAAUUUGCAUUAUGGGUGGAUGGACAGUUAAGGAAUCCACAGCUCCAAGAUUGCAGGACCUGAGUAGGAUAUUGAUGUGAAAAGGUGCCUUGAAGGUCUUUCAUGCCUAGGGUUGCCAUAGGUCAAGGCUAGGUAGGUAAAGUUUUCCCCUGACGUUAGGUCCAGUCAUGUCUGACUCUGGGAGUUAGUGCUCAUCUCCAUUUCUAAGCCGAAGAGCUGGCAUUGUCCGUAGACACCUCCAAGGUCAUGUGGCCGGCAUGACUGCAUGGAGCGCCGUUACCUUCCCGCUGGAGCGGUACUUAUUGAUCUACUCACAUUGGCAUGUUUUCGAACUGCUAGGUUGGCAGAAGCUGGAGCUAACAGCGGGCGCUCAUUCCGCUCCCAGGAUUUGAACCUGCGGCCUUUUGGUCUGCAAGUUCAGCAGCUCAGUGCUUUAACACACUUCGCCACCGGGGCUCCGGUAGGUCAAGGCUAACGUGGUGGUAAUUUACAGCAAAGCCAGCUCACUAUCCAUGUUUUCUUCAGAGCACUUCACCCUUGGAUUAGAGUUAUCUUGCAUAGUCCAUGAUUUGAUAGUUUUUAAUUAUCUCUCAAGGCAAGUUAGCAAUAUUCAGGGUGAAUUGGUGCCAAAGUGCAACAAUGUGAGUUCAGUGUCAGCUUUAUUUUCCACCAAAUGAGUGGACAGUAUCUAAGAAAAGGAGCAUCUUGAAGAGGGAAAACAGAAGUGAAACCUGGCAGUGGAGAACUAACUAACUAGGAGGUUGGCAGGAGAUGAAUUGCAGGUUGAGUUUAUUUUAUUUUUAUCCCACUUUUCUCUUGUCAUAGAACCGAACAUAGUUAUACAACUACAGUAGAGUCUCACUAAUCCAAGCCUCGCUUAUCCAAGCCUCUGGAUAAUCCAAGCCAUUUUUGUAGUCAAUGUUUCCAAUAUAUCGUGAUAUUUUGGUGCUAAAUUCGUAAAUACAGUAAUUACAACAUAACAUUACUGCGUAUUGAACUACUUUUUCUAUCAAAUUUGUUGUAUAACAUGAAGUUUUGGUGCUUAAUUUGUAAAAUCAUAACCUAAUUUGAUGUUUAAUAGGCUUUUCCUUGAUCAGUCCUUAUAAUCCAAGAUAUUCGCUUAUCCAAGCUUCUGCCGGCCCGUUUAGCUUGGAUUAGUGAGACUCUACUGUAUGUAUUUCAUGGUGGUUUAGAUGCAUUCUUACAGCUCUUGAUCUACUGCCUAUCCCAUCCCAUUGAUGGUGGCUGGCAGUGACUUGCAGUUGGUUAAACUGUAUCUAACCUGGUCUGGGUUCUGAUAUUCUUAGGUGGCACAGUUGAAGCCUACCAAUCUAGGGACUUUGCAAAAGGACCAUUACUGUUCAGGAAUAUUUGCACCUUCUGGAGAGAUUAAAAUUACAAGAAAAAGGCUCUCAAUAGUCUCAUGGAUUGUAAGGCUGGGCUGCUGGACAUGGAGCAUUCCUAUUUUCUCUGCUAUAGCCCAUCAAACCCAUUAAGAGGAAACCCUAGCAGAUGACCUAGAUGAGAUCUAUCUACCUUGUGGGCCUUCACUAUUCAGUCAGCCUAAACACAGUUACAGGUUUCACUUUUGCAGAUUUUAUUAUUUGCGGGUUAAUAUGUUCUCUCAAGGAAUCCCUCAGCCCUCCAACAUGACUCCACAGUCAACUUCUGCCAGAGAUUCCUAGAGAGAACAUUUCUCUAGGCAUUUGUAGGUCCUCCAUUGUGAUUGUAUGGUCAGCUCCUAGCAGAAGUUGUACACAGAAUCAUGAUGAGGACCUAAGGACUGAGAGAGGUGUUCUCUCUACGAAUCUCUGGCAGAAGAAACCAUAGAGCCUCUCAUGUUAAAAAGGGAUUUGUUUUAAUUGUAGUUUUCACACUUUUGUGGGGGUCCUGCAUACCUAAACUCAGUGAAUGUGGAGUGCCUGCUGUAUUUGCAUGCUUCAAACAAACAACAACUAAUGGCCACCUUGGAACUAGGAAACCUAAAUAUAAGUUCAGGUUAUGAAUAUCAACCAUUGCUUAAUUUUGGAUGCUGGAAUUUUUAUAAUAGUACAUCAGUGUAGGCAUUUCACAAUAAAAACAGCCCAAUCCUGUCACCAUCUCCACUGAGGUAUGUUAGUUGUAAUAACUUGUAUGGUAUUUUAGGACUGAGCCAUUGUGGACAUCUUGUUUAGAGCAGAGGGAGAGAGGAAGCCAAGAACAAGCAGGAGAUACUAAAAAAAGUUGCACCCUUCUCUUGUGCAAGGUCAAAUGGGCACAUUUAAUUGUACAUUAAAUUUAAUGUGCUAUUGUUUUGCCUAUCAUAUUGCAGCCCAGACACUGUGUUGGUAAUCUGAACUGUUAUCGCAGCAGCUGGAAGCCAGCAGCACAACUCAAUGACGAAUCUGGCCUCGCCCAAGAACAGGGCUAGAGCUCUCUUCUUAACCAUGUAUACCUUUGCAGAACGUUGUGGUGCAGAGCUGAAGCUGCAGCCCACAGCAGGUGGGAAGGAGCAGAUGGUAAGACAGGAGCAUUAUGAUGAAUGCUGAAAGAAGGAUGGCAAGAUCUGCAGGUUUAAAGCAGGGGCUUCCUCACACCUUCAUCUUGUGAGAUUUGCCUGUGCGGUGUUCAGAUUGCAAUCCAUGAACAUUUUAGUAGGUGCUGCUUGAUGAGAUUGUGGAGAAGUUAUUCAUGGGUCAAGGGUACACUUGUAGCGAAUAUCCUUGAUGAGCAUGAAAAGAGCACUCUGUGAGCUUAGCCUUGGAUAAACAAGCGCCUCAAAAGCCUCUUGCAUCACCCUGCCUGGACUAAUGGGAAAGCAUCAUUGGGGCUAUUGGGGAGGCUACUGAAUACCUUCCCAAGCAGGAGGAGCAUUGCGCAAAAUAGAAGAUGACCUCAGUUCAGAAGGUCUUCCCAGGCAGUUCAAAAAUUAAGCAGGAAUUAUGUAUGGGCAAACCAAAUAUACUACAGUAACACUCCUCCCCCAAAUUCUGCUACAGUAAACAGGUUGAUUAUAAUUUGGAGAAGUGGCUUUGUAUACAUUACUCCAGGUUUUUAAAGGACAGCUCAGGAAGCAAUAAGUGGAUGAAAUGAUAGGAGAGUGAUUUUAAAAUGAGAAAGGAAAAGGAGGGCAGUAAAAAAGUGUUGACAUAUAAUUUAGUUGUUGAUAUACUAACUUAGGGCCCUUUCACAUUACACUAUGCUUCCAUUUUAUGCUUCCUAUGUCAUUCUUGGAUUGGAGAUUCAAAGCCAUUAAGAAUUCUCAGUUAGAGAGCUGUAGUGCUUCACCAAACUACAAAUCCCAGGAUUCUAUAUGAGGUAAAGGUAAAGAUAAAAGUUUCCCCUUGACAUUAAGUCUAGUUGUGUCCAACUCUGGGGGUUGGUGCUCAUCUCCAUUUCUAAGCUGAAGAGCCGGCAUUGUUCAUGUGGCCAGCAUGACUGUAUGGAGUGCCGUUAACCUUUCGCCGAAGCGGUACCUAUUGAUCUACUCAAACUUGCAUGUUUUUGACCUGCUAGGUUGGCAAAAGCUGGGGCUAACAGCAGGAGCUCACCCUGCUACCUGGAUUCGAACCACCGACCUUUCAGUCAGCAAGUUCAGCAGCUCCAUGGUUUAACCCACUGCACUAUCGGGGGCUCCAUUCCAUAUGAGGUAGCCAUGGCAAUUAAAAUAGAGUUAUGGCGUUAUAACUAUGUAGUGUAAAAAGGCCACAUAUCUUGGAUCUGUUACAAGAAAAUGUAUUAGUCCUUAUAAUAUAUGAUUCCUGUAAAAUGCCCUGUCCCUAGCCCUAGGAAUUUGACGGUUCUUACUCAGGGCACUCUGUGUGUAUUCACUAGUGCCAUUCUUCUUUAGUCUCGGUUUCCCACAAUUUCUAUAGCUGAGUUUUGACAUUCAGGAAACACUCCUGGACAAAACUUUGCUGAAUCCUGGCCCAAGCAUAAUAUGAGUGUACCUGAAUCCUCUUUUAUCUUGUCUUUGGUUAUAUGUGCAACAGGAUGAGAAGAGAUCAAGGGAGACCUGCAACAAAAUCUUGUAGUUUGGAAUGCUUCUGUUCAUUGUUUCAGUCAGUCAUUCCUGCCCUUAGCCAUUGUACUCCAUGUCACUUCCUCCCCAUUCAGUUAGCAUUCUCUAUCAUUCUCCACAAUCACAUCACUGAACUGUUUUCAGCUUUCUUCACUUUAGGGCUUUUUUUCAUUCUUUCCUCUCUUCACUUUUGAACUUCUACAUUGAGAGUCUCUUGAAACCUCUAUCUUCUGUGUCAGUGCUGUGGUUUUAUGCAUAUGUACAGUGGUGCUUGGCUCACAUGGAGAGUGAAAGUAGAAAGAACAUUGAAGUGGUGGAAUAAUGGUUUACACCAUUUCAAACGGCAGCUAGAAGAUCCCAUUUUUGAUAUGACAAUCACUUUGCACUAGAAUAGAAUAGUCUGGGAUGGUGUGCUGCAGCUCUCUGAAAUGGUUUUUUUUUGGCUUUUUAAAAGAGUUAAAAAAAAACCCUGCCCUCCCCCUCAUUAGGCCCAUUCCACUGUCUUCUUGUAGCUCAUGCAUUGACCAGGGUUAUGUUCCUAGUUUAUGACUUCAAAAUCAUGGCUGCAAUUGGCUAGCAAGCUAAAAUUUUGUUCUUCAUAAGCCAAUAUAUCAGAUAGACAGAAUAUUCAGUGCUCCUCUAACAUUCGCAAAAACAUUCAGGCUCCUCUAGCAUUAGCAAGAAUGAUGAAGGUAGUUCACAAUGGUGCAUUACUCUCAGAUAGCAGAAAAUCAUGUUAUCUACUCAUUUCUCUACAACCAUGAAACUAUAGUGUGAAUUAUAAUGUGAAAUCCUCCAAAAGUCAGUAAUGGCUGGUGGUCUUCAUAUCAGUGUGAUGGCAAAUCCAUGGUGGGAUUUCAUCUGAGCUGUCUGAAGUGUUGGACCUUAUCCCUCAUGGAUAGGCUCUUUACAGUUCACACCAAACUCACAGUAGACCCACCAUCAUAUUGAUAUGGAAGCCAUCUGCUAUCAUUGGAAAAAGCCUUAAUAUUGAGUCAUAUUUGAUUGAUAGGAAUGUUUUUGUCUUAGUAAUUAGACCAGAAGACAAACAAUGUGGGCAUCAGGUGAAAAGACUUUUCACUGGAUUCUCUUCUAUAUCACCCAAAUAAGGAUGAAUGAGGGCUCUAGGUUGAGAUUCUGGUCAUAUCCAUUGUCAGGGUUGUUUUUAAAAGUGGGAUGUACAACCAGUUAAUUCUAUGUGGGGCAACAAGAAAAUGUUCUUAUUUUCAACAUCCAAUUUGAAUCAUGUUGAUUUUAGAUACAGGAAGGACUUGUAUUUUCUAAGUGGAACAGAAAAUUAAAAUGUAACACACCAUUUCAAGGAGGGACUUUCAAGACUGUCUUUUCCUAGUAGUAAAUAUGCCACAUUUUGUCCCCAAUUGUAAGCUUAAUGUUAAAAUACUGUAUUUUUCCAGCAUUGGAUUUAUUAUAGUGCAUACUUGCAAGAAUACACUUCUUCCACCAGAGAAUGGAUUUGUUGCUGAUGUGUAUUUGAAACACAAAAGUAUAACUAUCGUGAAUAGCAGUGAAUUAUACAAUAAUUACCAAAAAAUGUGAACAAAGUAUGCAUUCUUAGGGGAGGAAGAUGAAGACCUAGUCAACUUCCAUGAUAUCAUUGGAGCUGUUAGAAUAAUGUCUAUAGAUGUACAUAUUUCUGCAGCUAUCUUUUGCAUUGUUUCUAUAAACUUCAUAACACUGUGCUAUACCCAGAAUGGGUGUUAAGAGCAUGCAGCAUGAGGGUGUGUAAAUAUGAAGAUAUUGUGCAUAUAAACCUAGAGAAGAAAGGUGAAAGAACUGGAAGAACUACUUCAAGGAAGGUCAUGCUUUAUAAGCAGAUUGUUCAUGGCUCAGCUACUGAAUUUACUGAUGAAAUCUCCUCUCCCUGGAGCUUGCAAUAGAAUAGUAGGGGGUCCAAAUCUCACUACAGAUCCAGUCAUUUUUGCAAGGUUAAGCUGUCUGUAAUGUGAUUCUCCCCCAAACCAUUCUCCAACACAGAAGAAACAUACUGAUCUCCCUCUUCUCCUUUUUCACAAAUAAGUGAAACAAAAUCCUCCCUUGGGGGUGUUUGUGAACUCUGAUCUGGAUCUGAAGUCUGCAGUUUUGGUCCCAUCCCCUAUUAUUUAUGUUACUAUGCAGGUGAAGCCAAAUCAUGAGCUAAGGCAUUUGUUUGUUUGCAGUACACCUUUCAAAUUUAAACUGCUUGUCAUUUUCUUAUCUUGAAUAUCAAAAGAACUACCUUACUUUAGUUUGUUUCCAUUCUGCUAGUGAGGUUUAUGGUUGAGAAUGUGACCUCCAUUUAGGUUGUAGGUUCAGGAUUCCCCAAAAUUCAGUGAAUGCUUUGCAAAAGAGGAAGUGGUGGGAAAUGUGUGCUCCUCCAGUUGGCACUGAACUACAAUUCCCAUUGUCCUUCUGCCCAGUGCUGAUGGAUGUAGCAGUCCCAUCAUACCUGGGUAGGGCACACAUUUACCAGCUGUGUUGCAAAGCUUAAUACAUAUUUAAAGGGCAACUGCCCAGUCUUAAGGGGAAAGGAGAACGAGAGGAGUCACAAACAAAGGUGCAUCUAAGGCCAGGGUGAUUUUUCAGAGAAUAGGAACACAUUGACUCCAAGCACAAUUUUUAAAAUUCCAUACCUGUUGAGGUUAGAAAGAGAAGAGAUGGUUUCUAGCACUCUAGAAAGAUGCUAAAUUCAAGUAGCCAGGCUGUAGGAUGAUGCCUGGUCCCCCCCAAAGGAGAAAUCUGCUUUCAUAACUGACAUACUUCUUCCUGUUUUCCUCUUCAGUUUCUAGAAUCCUUUCCUGCUUCUCAGCAGAAUGAUGUUUACCAAAUGUAUUGUGGCAUUAAUGUUCUUGGGCCAGAGCCCACUUUGCCACAUGCAUCUACCCAAGUGGCAGCAGCCCAAGGAAAGCAUAUGCCACAAGGAAACUGUUAGUCUUGAAGGUGUCACAAGACUUUUCUCUUCCCCUCUACAACAAAGCCUGUUGCCUAGUCUUUUAUAUGAUUCUCUAUUACUCACAGAGCUUGGGAAAGUCCCUUCUUCAAACUCUAAUCCCAGAAUGCCCCAGCCAAGCAUGGCCAUUCUGGGGAGUUUUACAUUCCCAAACUCUGGAGCAAAAGGAUGAGGACCUCUUUCAAGCACAAAACCCCAAAGAGCCUUUCAUGGCUGACUGACCUCACUCAGGGUCCUGCACAGUAGGAUCCUCAAAUAGUUUUGACAAAGCACAUGUACUUUGCGUCCUCAUCCCUUUCCACCCAAACUGUAAGAUUUUCUUCCCCCUGCAAUGCUUUGCAUACUUUACUGUCUGUUUGGAGUGUUCCCUCUUCUCAUAUAGGAAGAGCUUCUAUUCUAUUAACCUAAGAGUAGUGUAUGGUUUGAGUACUGGAGUACAACUCGGGAGGCCAGGGUUUGACUCCCUGCUCAGCUAUGGAAACCUAUUGGGUGACCUUGGACAAGCCUCACUCUUUCAGCCUCAGAGAAAGUCAAAGGCAAAAUUCUCUCGAAGAAAUCUUGCCAGGAAAUCCCCAUGAUAGGUUUCUCUUAGGGUCACCAGAAACCUGAAAAGAUUUGAAGGCACUCAAAAACAACAAAGUGAAUUUCAAACUAGCAAGUAUGUUACACAAUCAACAGCCCCUGCCCCAAUCUUCUCUUCCAAAGUUUCUGCUGCUCAUGAGCAGGAUCAUGAACAUAAAACAUAGUUCAAAGCUCAGCUUAGGUUUUGAAGAAACUAUCCUGACUGACACUGGUCCCCAAUCUUUCCAUAAUUUGGCCAAUGGAAGACCUUAAGGUGAGAGCUGGCAAAUGAAUCCCUUAGUUCUCAUUGAUCUUCUCGGGUACAUUUCUGCUUCUAUGAGAUGUCUAAUGUUGUGCUAUUAAGCAUUUAAUUCCGAAAUCUAUGUGUAUGUGUAAAUAUGUAAUGAAAUUGUGUGUAUUAUUUCAAGAUUUGUAAGGCUGUUUUUCUACCGAGUGCGAGGAAUGUAAUUAGCCAGCUGCACCUGCUUCCCCGUUACCUGAGAUAUUGCAGAUGUCCUUCAAAGUCAUAUUACUAAUUAUUGCUUGAAAUGCAAAAGAAAAGAGGAUCUUGGAUCAAAUAAGUGUGUGUUUGCCUAAUUUGAGAUAAUCAAUAAGAAAAGGAAAUCCAAGAAGGACUCAUAACAAAGAUGCCAUGGAACUGAAUCUUUUGUUUCCAUGGUGACUAGAAGAAUGGGACCAAUAAUGGUGAGAGGACAUGAAAGAAAGAGAACUCAUGGGAAUGUCAAAUCUUUUAACCAUGUGUUGCUUGAUGAACAUUUAGACACCAGCUGUAUCAAAAUUGCACAAUGUGUAUAGUUCAUUGUUAAUGACAAUUUGCAGGAAUGCUCAGCACCGAACGGACACUAAGAGCUGAGCUAUUCCCUGUCAAUAAGAUGAAUUGUCUGUAUAUAGGGAUAGUUAUUUGUGUAUACGUGUACAUACAAAUAUACAUUGUCCAUUCCCAAUUGGGGACUUGCUGUCUGGUUGCUCAUAUGUGUACAUACUCAAUUCUUCCACCAAUUUUUGUAAAUAUCAACACGCGUUAAAAUUAAACUGGCAUAUUACUGAGAAUUAAUUUUGACAUACAUUGUGUGUGAAAACAAAAGAGGAAUAAACUUUUGACAGCUGA